CGGCUGCUGCUUGGUCCGAGCGGCUGGCGAGGGACCCGGCCCGGCUCCGCGGCGCAGAAGCGGCGGCGAGGGAGACGCGGCGCCAAUGCAGCAGCACAGAAGGCAGCCGGAGUUAGUGGAAGGAAAUCUUCCUGUUUUUGUGUUUCCUACAGAGCUGAUCUUUUACGCAGACGACCAGUCAACACACAAACAGGUGUUGACUCUAUAUAACCCCUAUGAGUUUGCCUUAAAAUUCAAAGUUCUCUGCACGACUCCAAAUAAAUACGCGGUUGUCGACGCUGCCGGUGCUGUGAAGCCUCAGUGUUGUGUGGAUAUUGUGAUUCGUCAUAGAGACGUUCGGGCUUGUCACUAUGGUGUGAUAGACAGAUUCCGUCUGCAAGUCUCUGAGCAAAGCCAGAGGAAAGCUUUUGGGCGAAAAGAGGUCAUUGCCACUCUCCUUCCAUCUGCAAAGGAGCAGCAGCAAAAGGAAGAGGAGGAAAAGCGAAUAAAAGAGCACCUGGCUGAAAGUGUCUUCUUUGAGCAGACUUUGUGUCAACAAGAAAACAGAACUGCCUCUGCGGGACCUAGUUUACUUACAGUCUUCCUGGGAAUAGUGUGCAUUGCAGCACUAAUGCUCCCUACCUUGGGGGAAGUGGAAUCCUUGGUGCCUCUCUACCUCCACUUAAGUGUGAAUCAAAAGCUAGUAGCUGCUUAUGUUUUAGGCCUCAUCACCAUGGUUAUUUUGAGAACAUGAGCAAUGAUAUAAUAGGAAGUCGAAAACUUACCAUACUUUGUAUUCACAUCAUGAAUGUGGACUGCCUUUUCCUCCCAUUUGGCGCAUUAAGAUGCUAGAAAGAAAAAACAUUCAGCGAUUUACAUUUACUCUCUAAAGUGUAAUAUAUUUUAACUCUGUGUAAUAAACGGAAGAUUCAAGCACUCGUCGGUGCUUCCGUUACAGACCGCUAUGAGAUGUUUGGCGAUACCCGUGAAACGAAUUUGAAAAAAACCUUUUAUAUCUACUCUUCCUGUACAAAAGACUUAUUAAAGCAACAUUUGUUAUUUUAAAUCCAUGUUCACAUCAGUGUUUGAUCACUAUAAAAGCAAAUUGCCCCAGCCAAAAGGCUUGUUUGUUCAUUCCAUGCUUGUAAAUAUUAUUGGUGUGGGGAGGUGGUGGGUAUUUAACAGUUGAUGUAUAAAUACCAGAAUGAUCAGAAUUUGCACAUGACUGAGCAUUGAAGACUGAAUUUAAGAUUCCAUUGCUGAGAACUGUGAAAUAAACGGUGUGACGUUCAGGUGAAGAA